GGCGGCCCCCGCCUCGCCGCCCGCCCCCCGGCCGUCCCUCCCGGGCGGCAGGGCUGAGCUGCCCUGCUUUUGGAGUCGCCGCCGUUUCCCCUCCCUUCCCCGGAACCCCCCCUCUCUCCCUCCCUCCCUCCCUCCUUCAUCCCUCCCUCCCUCCCUUCCUCCCUCCUCCAGCAACCAAAGGGAUUUUUUCCCCUUUCUUUUCUGUCUCUCUCGCUCUCCUUUUUUUUUAUUAUUAUUUUUUUAAAUUUUUCCCUCCUCCUCCUCCUCCUCUUCCUCCCCGCCGCGGAGCUGGAAGCCAGCGUGAAGGAUAAAUAAAAAAAGCAAAGAGGAAGAGGCUGGGGAAGAAGAGGUGGGGGGGAAAGGAAAGAAGAAGAAGAAAGCGAGCAAGAAAAGAAAGCGAGCGCGGCGGCGAGCCCCAGCCGCGCCGCGCCGCCUCCGCCGGAGCCCGGGAAGCAGGCGGCCGAGGGGAGCCGGGGACUGGCGAUGGAUGACCAGCCGCGGCUGAUGCACACGCACAGCGGGGUGGGCAUGCCGGGCCACCCGGGCCUGUCCCAGCACAUGCAGGAUGGACCAGGCGGGGCGGAGGGGGAGGCCGGCAGGAAGCAGGACAUCGGAGACAUCUUACAGCAGAUCAUGACCAUCACGGACCAGAGUUUGGACGAGGCGCAGGCCAGGAAACAUGCUUUAAACUGCCACAGGAUGAAGCCAGCCCUUUUUAAUGUCUUGUGUGAAAUCAAAGAAAAAACAGUGCUGAGCAUCCGGGGAGCCCAGGAAGAGGAGCCCACGGACCCCCAGCUGAUGCGGCUAGACAACAUGCUGCUGGCCGAGGGGGUGGCCGGCCCCGAGAAAGGAGGCGGCUCGGCCGCCGCCGCCGCCGCCGCCGCCGCCUCCGGCGGGGCCGGCUCCGACAACUCCGUGGAGCACUCCGACUACAGAGCCAAGCUCUCCCAGAUCCGGCAGAUCUACCACACGGAGCUGGAGAAGUACGAGCAGGCAUGCAAUGAAUUCACCACCCACGUGAUGAACCUACUGCGUGAACAGAGCCGGACCAGACCAAUCUCACCGAAGGAGAUAGAGCGAAUGGUGAGCAUCAUCCACCGCAAGUUCAGCUCUAUCCAGAUGCAGUUGAAGCAAAGCACGUGUGAAGCCGUCAUGAUCUUGCGCUCCCGAUUUCUGGAUGCACGGCGGAAGAGACGAAACUUCAACAAGCAGGCUACGGAAAUCCUGAAUGAGUAUUUCUAUUCCCAUCUCAGCAACCCUUACCCCAGUGAGGAAGCCAAAGAAGAGCUAGCCAAGAAAUGCGGCAUCACAGUCUCACAGGUAUCAAACUGGUUUGGAAAUAAGAGAAUCCGGUACAAGAAGAACAUAGGUAAAUUUCAAGAGGAAGCCAAUAUUUAUGCUGCCAAAACGGCUGUCACGGCUACCAAUGUGUCAGCCCAUGGAAGCCAGGCUAACUCACCCUCAACUCCCAAUUCAGCUGGUUCUUCCAGUUCUUUUAACAUGUCAAACUCUGGAGAUUUGUUCAUGAGCGUGCAGUCUCUCAAUGGGGAUUCUUACCAAGGGGCCCAGGUUGGAGCCAACGUGCAGUCACAGGUGGAUACCCUUCGCCAUGUUAUCAGCCAGACAGGAGGAUACAGUGACGGACUCGCAGCAAGUCAGAUGUAUAGUCCGCAGGGCAUCAGUGCUAAUGGAGGUUGGCAAGACGCUACUACCCCGUCAUCGGUGACCUCCCCCACAGAAGGCCCUGGCAGCGUUCACUCUGAUACCUCCAACUGAUCUCCCGGCAAAUUGCAUCCCUGGCUGAGCCCGGCCCCCGGCGGGGGCGGGAGGGGAGGGGGCCUCUCCGAACACCGCAGCAGUCAGACUGGAGGUGAACCCAAUCAGCACAUACACGAAGACUCCUUCUCUUCUCUUCUCUUCGUCGGGAUGCUUUUUUCAGCCAAUCUGGACACUUCUUUAUACUCUCUUCCCUUUCUUUUCUGGGUAGAAGCCACUCUUCCCCCACCUCGCCACCGCCACAACACCCCCCUCCCUCCCCACACCCCCCCCCCCCCACCGAAGGCUGUUUCGACAGGUAGAAGAAUUGUAAGGAGGAAAAGCAAAAAUUGCCGCCGCAAAAAGAAAAAAAAGGAAAAAAAAAGAAAGGAAAAAAAAAAACAAACCAAAAGCAGUGCACGGCCUCGUGCUGGGUUUCUUGUUGAGGAGCCAAAAAUGUACCUCAGUCGAGUCUCGCGCCUUCCCUCCCGGGCAGCCCCCGCCCCCACCCAUUUCUUGCACGCUACCUCGCAGUAGAAAAAUGCCACAGCAGCCCUCUGUCCUGCUGCUUCCUCGUCGCCGCCGGUGCUGGGAAGAGCUAGCAGCCUGCCUCCCCGCGCCACGGUAGUGCCGAUGCCUCGCUGGGUUUCCCCCAGGGCAGUGCCGGUUACGGGGCAGAUGAAUGUGACCCCGCUGCAUGUAAGAAAAAGAGCCAAGUUCCCCCGCUGUUGCUCCCUCCGGCUUUCAAAAGGUACCGGGCCAUUCCCAGACCCAUGGAAACAGCCAGCCCGUGCUGUUCCCGGCACUGCUCUACUGCAGAUCUCAAACACGUUGGCUUUUCUGAGCUGGACCAGAUGUGCUGCUCACCCGCGUGUGCUUUGCAGGAAAGCCCCAAGAGAGAGCAAAGCCCACAGUUGUGCCCACCGGUAUCCUUCGCCGCGAUACUGCUAGGGACGGGGAGGUGAGGAGGGAAGGAACAAAGCAGGAGGAGGCAGGUGAGAAAUUAUCAUCACUGAUAACGGAAGCACUGAGCGCGUCCACAGUGUUUUACAUGAUCAAGCAUUAAGUAAUGAUUGAUGGGACCCAUGCAGUUUUCUCGCAGCACCUAGGGAGGCCAGCGGUGGAUUUUUGUAUCAAGGAAAGCAUUGCAUAGUGUUGGCUUGUAUUUUCACCUGUGGGGCUACCUGCUGUAGAGUCGAGCAGGAACACUGGGGGUGUACCAGGCCACGGAAAAGAAGGACAUUGGUUUCCCAAGUACUGGCAGGGCCUCCUCUGGCCGUUAUGUUUCCCAAACCAUGCCGGAGAGGCAGUGAUGCCUGGCACGCGUGUGGAGGAGCAACCAUGGCAGCACGGUCUGUAGUUAGCUCCUAGGGUUGGUAAGGAUGUGCAGGAAGCCAAGGUUGGAUCUCAGAGGCUGGACACAGUCUAUGCGCAAGGUGAAUGGACUGGGUUACCGUUAAUACAGCAGGUUUGCUUGAGGGGGAAACUCGGUAAGAUGAGUGGAUGUCGCUCUUGAGGAUUUUUUUCAAAUUAAGCUGAUGGUUUCAGUCCUUGGAGUUACUAUGGAAUGUGACAUCCAAAGUCAUGGGAGAACUUGAGUGAUCCCCUGGCCAGCUGCAGGUCCGCUUUUUGGGUGACUGAUGACUGGUGGUAAGCAGGGUUUCUUCCAGCUGAAACACUCCUUUAGAUAGAUGGUGGGGACUCUCGUUUAAGAGCAAGAUAACAAAUUUGCCCUGUGCAAUUGGCCAAGCUUUGCGAUACGUGAUAAGGCAGGAGGACAUUGAAGUGCAGGAGUUUUGGCUGCAAGUUCUUCCAGCAGGCAAGGAGGCCAAGCCAACCCUCCAUGUGUCCAGAGUAGGGAUUUGCAGGAUGAGGGCCUGGUUUUUGUGCAGAUCUGUGUGUGUGUAACAGGGGUGAUGAACUGUAAUACCUCUUCACUGCCUCUUGUGCUCGCCCAAGUCCAUGGCUCAUGCUCCGUUCUCCACCCUUCCUGCACCAGCGUCUGCUUUGCCAGCUACUUCGAGAUCAGAAUAAUGAUCGGUGUUGAGCGGGAACCAUUCAAAAUUAAAGCUCUGCCAGAAAAAUAUCCACCCUGCCAUUGGAAAAAAUACUGGAGAUUGGCCCGCAGCCCAGCCCCGAGCAAUUUUGGUCCCGCCGAGGCGACGCGUCUGCAGCCCUGAUGCGCGGUGACCCUGCAGAGCUGGGCUGGCAGCGUUACUGACGUGACGCAGAGGUCAAGCCUGCCUUUCCCUAGGGAAUAACCCCAGCGCGCUCCCAAGCACUUGCUUUGAAAUUUGGGAAUUUCCCCAAUUAAGAGAACUCUUGAUUCAGUAGAUACUUUUUUUUUUUUUUUUUUUAAACUCCGAGCUGGUGGGGAUCGGAGUACGACUUCAGCACGCUUGAAAGGCAGGCGUUAAAAAUGGCAAAACCUCC